AUGGCGUCCACGAGUGAAGCUGGAGCGUCCGGAGUGAAAGAAAAAAGAAGUCGGAAAAGGAAAAGGGGAGGGAUUCUUGGUUUUACAUCUUCUUCGUCCUCUACACCUGCUAUCAUCUCUCAAGCGUCAAGAGGAAUUAACGCCGCCGAAUUCGCCGAGGCUCGCGCCCUGGAAAUCAACAGCAUGGUGGAGGCCAUUAAAGAAGCUGACAGUUUGAGCGGCAAGCGUUUGUUUCAAACACUUCCCAAACACAUGAGGAGACGAGCAAUGAGUCAUAAUAUCAAGCGAAUACCAUCUCGGCUACGCCAAAGAGCUUCCUUUGAGGUUAAAAAUGAAUUCAUAAUGAAAAUUAAGGCAAAAAAUGGCACGUGGUGUGUGUGGGAAUGGGCGCUAGUAAAUUGGGAUGUACCAUUAUCAACUCCCAAGCAUUACCCCCUCCCCCUAAAGAUGGCUGGAAUUGAAACCCUCGAUUUUUUGUCGGUGCCUAUUGUAAAUUGAAAGGGGGGAGAUUGAGGGGGAGAUUCCAGAAGUGGAACGUCCAAUAUGUAAGGUGACAUUUACAUUCAUUAUUAUCAUUUAAUUCACUGCCUGAUGUGCUGAAUUGGCUGGUUACUAGACCUUGAAGCAGUAAGUCCAGGUUCAGUCCACUCCUGACCGGACUAACAGUCAGGGGCUUUCUUCUUCCUUUAGAUGAAUAAACAAGAUCACAAGACUUCUGAAGUUCCAAAGAAGAAAAGCAGGCGCUAUCGUCGAAAACCCAAAAACUUGAUGGAAGAGUACACUCGCCGACAGCGUGAGCAUGUCUGGCUUGAGACCCAUAUUUGGCAUGCCAAGAGAAUGAAAAUGAUUGAUGCAUGGGGCUACAGGCUGGCGGAUCAUCCAAAUGAUAAAGGAUUUAGAGCAGCAUAUAGGGCUGUAAAGAACAACUGUAUGUUACAGGUACAGCUGUAAGCGUAAUUACAAAAAGUAUGCUUAAUGUGCAUCUUCUGGCCUUAGUGAUACAGGAGCAUUUUUUACAUGAGGACACAAAGUUCUUCCUCAUUUGCAUGCCACUGAAUGUCAGAAUGAUAUUAAUUUUGUGUUUCUUUACUGGUAGGACAUUUCAUAUUAUGGAUGUAUUGAAGUUUGUGGUGCUAAGAGCCAGAUUAUUCAAGCCAUGGGUCAUUUAACAAACCAAGAAGCAGGUAUCUUUAAAUUAUAACUGCACUCAAUUUCUCAACAAAACUUUAAAGGUGAUUCUUUAUCUGCAAAAAAUGAACCAUGAAUGAAAACAUAAGGAGUUAAAAAAAUGCUUAGUUUUUUCAGCCCUUUAUUGCUUUAAAGCUGCUAUUUAGAAGGGUCACUCUUAAUAACUUCAUUCUGCAGACUCAGAUGUUAAAACUAUAUUGUGUAGCACAAAAUUAAUGUAGUUAAAAUUGUCAAGCAGAUCAAGACACUGAAGAGUCACUGACCCAUAGGGAGCUCAUUCACAAACUUGUUACUGUGUCUUUUGUACAAGCAUAGUGAACUCACUGCAGUACAGUUAUCUUUCAUAUGUUAAAUCUUUUUCAUGCAGUUGAAGUAGUUAGCAUCAUUCAUCUUCUGUGGAUAUAAUUAUUGUUAGAAAAUUUCAAAGUCACUACAUGUAGCUCCCAGCUAACGUGAUAUGUUUGUGGUAAGAGCACUGCACCAGUAUCACAUAUCUCAUGAGUCUGAAUCCCUUUCAAGCAUGAUUUUUUCAGGCUUUCUUUUCACAGCUGCGUAAGUUGUGUACAUACACUCUUACUACUGAACUGUAAUGAUUCUUUUGUUAAAUCUUUCUCCAGUAUCUCAAACAUAAUAUGAAGUUUCAUCUAUGUAUUAUGCUGCGUUAUUUUUUGUCUCUUAGGACUAACUUUUGCUGCUAAAUACUAUUUAAAUGGAACACGCCAAGGGAAUGCUGUACUAUACAAGUUUGAUCAAUACCCCCAAGGAGCAAUUGGCCCUGUUUCUUUUCUCUGGAGGCAAAGAAAAAGCUCAGAUACUGAAGCCAACGUAGACACAUCACAAUUGGAAAUAGAGGAAGGAACCGUCAAUGAAAACACUUUUGAUAGUCACUGUGACAAUUCUCAACUGUGGAUUUGGUCUCAUCCUGCAAGUUUUAACUCAGUAUUUGAUUCCAUAACUGAAGCUUGCUCAUAUGUAGGGAGUUGUGUGGUUGAAACGGAUUCCAAAUUUCCUGGAGCUGCCAAGAUGAACUCUAAUGUUAACUCAGACCAACCCAACGGUGAUAAUAUUCAGCUGUUGAAUGAUAUUGAACACUGCGAGAUAAAGGUUGUCUCACGUCGAUUUGAUUUGCUUUGUUUUCGUCUGACAGGACCACAAUCACAUGCCGUUUUCACAUCCGCAAUUACACCAGCUUUUGAUUCAAGUAAAAAAACACCUCCAGAAAAAAUUGUCAAUCAAGAUUCAGGAGCCCUUUUCAACGACAAGAAUCUCAACAUUUCUUUAAAAUGGUGGCAAAGGCUGCAAGGGAGUUCAACCAAAUUGUCAUCUCAAAAUGAACUAUGGAGCAGACUAAAGCAAGCCAGCUCACCCUCAGUACUACCCCCAGGGUGUGUCCUUGGUCUUACUGUGCUGGAUCCACGCCUGAAUCUUCCCGUAAAGAAGAUUAGCAUUAGAAGUGUGGCUGAAGGAAUCCAUUCUGGUAAGACGAUACUCAAAAGUUUACUAUCCCCUUCACUGAUCUCACGAGCCUAGGGGAUUUAUUGACCACUAGCUAACGAAGGUGGAGUGGGUAAAUGAGAAGUUAGACAUUUCUUUCUGUUCUUUUUUUUCUCUCGUGUUUGCAAAAUUCGUCGACAAAAAAAAUGAACAUCAGUGGACAGGCUAAAAGAUUAUUUUAGAUGCUGCAUUUUACUUUCAGACAUUCACUCGUUCUUUACAUGUACGUUUAUUAUAAACUUUUUCUAAUAAGUAAGAUCUUUUGUAGGCCUUCUUGUUUUUCCUGAUCAGCAUUGUUGCGUUGCUUCUUACAAUUAUUGUGGGAGAAGGCAAAAAGGAGAAAGAGACUAUUCCUUCUCCGCUCCUGUUUGGCCCCCGUUACACCAGACUCCCUAAACUGACUGGAAAGUGACUCUGUCAGUUAAGGCCCUGGCUCAGAGAACCAACCUGUAAACAUUAGACAAUGGGAAAUAUAUAAAAAAUAUAUUCGAAUGAGGCUGCCUUUUUUAAACCGCUAUAAUUGAAAUUAAAAGUUGAAAACUGAGGUUCACCGAUCAACGGCAUCGUCAGGGUGAACACUUCUCCUUUAAUUCCUUGCCCUACCAUUUUUUUACUAUCACAACAUCUUCAUCUGGGACAUGGGCAGAUGAAGGGUGGGACAGCGAUCAGACAACGCCCCAACAUUUGCCCCCAGCGGCGCAGUUGUCCCUUUCGUAAACGGUCACUGCUAUUUUUGACCUGUUAUUGAGAGUGAUUCUAUGAAAAAGAAAGAAGAUCACAUCCUAGGGUCAAACUCGGCCUUGAACCCAGAAUCCUCGUAUUGUAAUAGGCAGAUUUAGCAACAGAACGGGAACGUCAGUUGACAACGGCGCGCGCAAAUCAAACAACUGGCUUGACCAAUGGCAGAGCGGCAAUUUGGGCACCGGAAGUCGUGUUUAGUCCUUUCCGUGCGCUUUCCCUGUCGCCAACUGACGUUCCCGUCCUGUUGCUAAAACAGCCUACUCUCUCUCCCUUACCACUACACUACCACACCGACCUGCCAAAAUUUAAGUAAAUACACUAACAAACUGUCUUUCUUAACUGUCACAUCAAUAACAGGUGACCGUAGCCCUUUCCAUAAUUUUUAACGUAAAUUCAACUUGAACUCCAACGUCGUUCUUUCUAACACUAUUCGAAAUCGUAUUUUUUGCCUUUUUGUAACUUAAUUCAGGGAAUAUAUUACAUCUAUCAUGAGUAAAGGCUUGGUUACUAAUGGUGGCAACGACUGUUUACGAAAGGGAAAUGGGCCCCAACGGUAUCAACGUCGAUUUCAAAUAAAUUUUUAAAAGUUCUCGCAUUUUUAAUAUGAUGUACACAAAGAUACGCGCCUGUAUUGUCCUUAAACGAUUGAUUUCGGUAAAUGCCCUGUUUGAUUUUGCCUGUAAUAUUUGCCAUGACUGAUGAAGGGGCUAUUCUAAAACUUAAGUAAGUACUCUUUGAACAGACAAUUGCCCUUUAAUACCUCUAUUUCUGUUGCAGACAAUUCAGACUCUGGUGAUGAAACAGAUUUCACUUUAGACGAAACUGUUAAUACCUUAGAAAAGACGAAACCGGCACCAUUUGAGCAAAUACUAUCCCACUGGCCAAAUGAUGUCGCGAACUCGCCUAUUUGGGACGCGUCAGUUCGUCUUGAGGUCAAGGAAAGUAAAAUACCGGAGCAGGAAUUAAAUCGAAAGAGGUCUGAGCUGCUAGUACCAGGCUCCCGACUGAAGUUAAGCGAGAAUGAGAUUUCGCAUAUUCCUUUGCUUCUUAUACAGCGACCUGGCUGCUCUGGUGAGUGAAUUCAAAUUAAUUCAGUUUCAAAAACUUUUGUUUCCUUUGCGAAAAGGAUUUUCUAUGUGUUAGAAAUAACAUUUAUAUAUUGAUUUGAUUUAAGGCCAUUUUUUCUUGGUAGUAGAAUGCCAAGUUCUCUAAUACCAGAAACUCGUAAGGGGUUCUAAUACGUAGUAAACCACCACAUUGUAAAUUCAGGUAUCAUUGCUCCGCCCAAUUUUCUAAUGAAAUUUUUAAUGGUUUCAUACAUAAGUAAUGAUGCCCACCUUGGCGACAGAAAUGCAGUCUUCAAGAUGUGUAAAGCGUACCACAGUCUCCAUCAGAGUCAGUGAAAAGCCGGUGCGUGUGUGACGAUGAUGCGAAAAUUUGUGUUCGGUCAAUUAAUUUUUCUUGCCGUUUCAAUAAACUCGCGGCAAAGGCCAGUGAUAUCUGAUUGAAUGAGUCCCAGUUAACUUAUGUGAACAUACAGACUUUAGAUUUUCGUUAUUUUACUUAAAGAUAUUCAUUACAAUAUAUUUCAACUGCAAAAAGAAAAAGAUUGUAACAAUAGGCUAAAGGAACGUGCUUCUUUUUUUAAUGUUUUAGAUAAUGACAGAGGCACCCUUAUUAACAAUGGAUACGGCAGUGGAUGGGACAUAAUUCUCCCUUCCGGAUGGGCCAUGGCUUUUUGGAUGGCUCUUGUUUACCGUGGUGCUAGAACUGGGGGACUGCAAGAGAGUCAAACUUCAGCCCUUGAGCUUGGAGUACCAUUUUUCCCAAAUGACUUUCCGGACACACCAGCCGGGGAAGCGUACAACAUCAAGUUAAAAGAUGAUAGUGAAGCCCAAUAUAAGCGAUAUCCGCCUUCAAAGAGGCCGAACUAUGAGAGGUUAGGUGUAAAAUCUCCGUUCAGUCCACCAUGGAGAGAGCUUGUCAAAGAUUGGCAUUCUUUGAACAAACCAUCUACUAUUGCAGGGGAGCUGAGUAAUAAGAAAAGCGAUUCCACUAGAAUUGAUCCGUCUGUUAGUGAUUCUGCUCAGAUGGACGUCUCUGUUGUCCAGACUCUUCAGUUAUCUAGCAGUUUGACUGACGAUUCUAUUGUUAACCCUGAAACUGAUAUGACGUCCAGUGACUCUUCUCAAGGUGUUUCUAGUGACCAGUCUUUGGUCAAAUCAUCCCUGUCUAAAGAUGCACAGACUAGAAUCACUUGUGAUUCCACCAAAACCACUGGCAUUGAAAAUAACUCUAAUCAAACAACUGGCAAGACUGUGCAACCUUUCUACGUUUUACGAUCUCGCACUAAGUUAUCUGCUCUACGAUGCUACGCUUUACGACAUAAACAGAAGCGAAUGGCAGAUGCAAAACAAAGUAAGGCGACAAAUAAUCCUUCCAAGCCUUUGGACGAAUCCAAGUUAUCUUCUAUUGUCGUUAGUGAUUUGAACUCUCUUGUAUGCGUACAGUUGCAAAUGGUCCAGCGGAUUGUGCCGGUACCAAACUCCUCCGUGGUGAUUCCUUCAUCGGAGGACAUUUCAAAACUUCAAAAAUGCAAGAAUUUUGCUGGACCCUUAGAACCUCUGCACAAAGGUCCAAAGGGUCAGUUAGCUGAAAAAUCUUUGAGAAAUUCUUGUACGAGGGAAACUCUGGGAUUUGUUUCCUCGGGUCAUUACUCGCUUUCUCGCGGAUGUGGGUUCGGUGUGGCAUUUUGUGUUCUUCCGGGUCUUGUAAAACUGUUAUCUACAUGUUCAACGAAAGAGUGCAUCGUGUUGGUACGAGGCCCUUCCAUACAGCAGUACAGAUUUGCUUAUUUGACCAUUUUGUGAUCCUCAAUGUCCCACUCGGAUCAUUACCACUUUUCAAAGUCAAAUCAUUGCGUUUUUGUUUUUCACCUUUUUAUGUCUUGUAAUCAUUUCACGAAAUAGAUGGUAUAACAUUAGGUGUUCCGUGUGAAAUGGGUUUUUCAUAUUUAAAACGGAAAGGAUAAAAGUGGUCGGAUUUUGAAUGAAAUCUAGAGACAGAAUGUAAGGAAUGGCUUGUCGAAAAGACAUUGAAGGGGAACGUAGUGAUUAUUUUCGUUAGUCAAGGUUCUAAUGUAGUGGU